AUGGAGCUGGGCAACUUCUACUUCCUCCUCAAGACCGAGAACGUCCAGCCGCUUGUGAGCGUGUUGGACGAGCUCCUGCACCAGCUCCAAGCCAACCACGAGCUCCUCGCCAAGGUGACGGCCCAGGCAGACGCGCUCACCUUCCCGGACCUUGUGGCGCCACCACCACCGCUGUCGCCUAAACCCGAGGCUGACCUGGCCAACAGUGGCCUCAAUUACCUCCUCAACCAGAAAUAUAAGCUUGACGAGAUCGUCGCCCGCAAUACCAAGACCUAUAGCGAUGAUGCCACUGUUGAUAGACUCCACAAAGAAAUCGAGGCGUUGGCGGCGAUAUAUGAGGGCAAACGGAAACGUAACCAGCAAAUGGUGAAGAUUAUCCAUGAGUAUGAAGAAUUGAUUAUGGAAACGAUCCUCCCGGCGUUGAGAAAGGAUGUGUUGGCGACAGAUAGCGAUAUCGACCACCGGUUGGUUGAGAGCAAAUUCGCCAUGGUUGAUGCCGUGUACCGGCGCUACGUGGCUAAUGUUGAGUGUCUUUCACGGCUUAUCGAUGUGGGAAGGCGGUUGAUGGCGGUGUUGGAGACUUACGAUGAUACCCACUAUCAAUUGCUUAACCAGUUUGAAGUGCUUCAGAAUCUAAAGCAUAAUCUCGUUGAGAUCGCCAUGCCAUAG